AAACAUAUGAAGAAUCAAAGUGCCCCCCACCCUUCCAGUUGCCCCAUCGACCAAGACAGAUCCUCUCCCACCAACGAUGAGAGCUCUAGUGGCAACCCCAGCCAAUCAGUCAGUGAGAUUAACCGCAACCUCCAGGCUAGUGUCCAACAUCACAUCCUGUACUUGUCAGAGAAGCUAAAAGUGGAGAAAACCAGCCGGGAUGAGAACACAUUGGGCUACAUCAAACUAGUGUCCAAAGCUAACCGCCACCAGGCCUCUCACAUUAGACAAGCCUUCGAGAAGGUGAACCAGCGCUCUUCAGCCAGUAUUGCACACAUAGAACGCAAGCUCCGACACUAUCACCAACAGCUCCAGGAAAUGGAGGAGAGUAACAGGCCCAAGAGCUCAUCACUAAAGGAGGAGAAGGCCAACAAGAGGCAGGAACCCACUGACAAGGCCCCUUUGGUGGAGAACCCAAAGCCCAGAACAGAGGAAUACCAACCCACAAAUCCAUUAGCUGCCUUAAAGGAAGAUGUACUGGCUGCUGCCCUCCAACAGGAAAAGUCCUCAAAGAAAGACAGCAUGAGCCGGCGCCAGAAACUAUUUUUCCUGAAGAUCAAGGAAGAGAUAGAAGAUCUCAAAAAAUUCCCUGGCAGACUUGAGCAAUCUUAUCAAGUCCUGAAGGAGAAGUACUUGACUGACCUGAAGCUGAUGAUCGAGUCUCUUGAGGAGGUGAAAUAUAGGCAAAAGGAGAUUGAGGAACUGAUCAAUGACCACAUACAGGGGCACCUGGGUGAGAUUUCCCUUAUCAAACAGAACUUGGCCUACACUGAAGAGAAGAUGGUCUAUCUGUCCUAUGAGAGAGCCAAAGAGAUAUGGGAGUUGAUGGAGACCUUUCAGAAUCGAAUUUCCAGGCUGGAGACCCAGCAGGAAGCAGCCCAACUAGAAUUAAUGGAGAAGCCCAGAUGCCACUCCCAAAUCCUCCUAACCAAGUUCAUGACCUUGCUCCUCACUUUGAGUACCAUUCUCCUCAUUUGUGUGUCCACCAUCUGUUCAUGCCCCUGGCCUUUCCUCAGGUGCCGCUUCCAUUUCUAUACCAUUCUCCUGCUCAUUGGGCUUGGGAUGGUCACCUGGCAGAAGUACUCUAUCCUGUAUACUUACUGGCAUGAGUGGAUCUUAACAAAAUCAAAGAUGUAUUACAGAGACUCCAGGUCUCUGUCAAGUUGGGCUUAAAGGAGCAGGAUAACCCUUCCCAGCCUGAGAGUGCCUGCUGGGCAUCUCCUUCAGGAAUGCCCCGGCCUCUGCUGUGAAGUUUUCAAAAAUUUGAUACCUUCCUCCGGGUUAUUUCUGCUCAUACUUCCUGACCCCCUUCUCCCAAAAUGGGUGAUUCAGAGAAGGGAUGAGGUUUUCCACUGUCUACGUUACUGAGUGCUUAAAUAUUAAAAUCAGAGAA